GCGAUUCAAAAAAAUAAAAUCUUAUCUAUAAUGGAAUCAGUCAGUAGUAUAUAUUUUUGCGCACUUAAAACUGAACCACUGUAAACCAAAAGAGCACAUUGCUCAAUUUCAAGUUCCUACUGUGAAAAGCUGCAUGCUAAUUACAGAAACGUGAUUCCUUUAAAAUUCCCUAUUUUUGGAGAAAGUUAAGAAACUUUAAGCAAGAAGUUGUACCUAGAGAACGGUGAAAAAAAUGAAUGUUGUACUCGUUGGGUAUGCAGCUAUCAUUUUUCAGGCAAUGCACACUAACAGAUUAUGACUUAUUUACAAAACUUCUGAGGAUGUGUUCUGAAUGUUUUAUCAAACUAACUCAUAUGUGGAGCGAAGUGAAAUCAAGUUCUAUUAGCUGUAACCAUAGACCAUGGUAACAGGAGUCGUAACAUAAUAAAAGCACGAGAAUGAAGUGUGGCAAGAUUAUCUGCAAAAUCAUUACACUAGUGGUCCUUCUACAGGUUAGAAGUAAGCCCAAGCAGAUUUGCAAUUGUGUAUAGUGGUCGGAACACUGAGAUACAAAUCCAACACAACUAUUUAUUAUUUUUAAAGAGGAAAAAUUUCUUGCGUCCAACAAAAGGUCCAUUUGUGAAGAGACUUUCAAACAUAUACAUUCUACUACUGAAUAGUAUGUUUUCAAAAGCAUAUUGUCCUAUGUAAACGUAUUAUAAUCUGUUGUGCUAACUGAUAAUUAUGAGCACAAAUGAUAUCACUAGAUAUUGUUUUAUGGCUCUACCUAUAGCACAAACACUUCCUGAAACAAUUCUUUUCGUUGGACUCUGGAAAGAUUGAUAUUCUAAUUAAAUAAUUGUCUGAUCAACCUAUAGUUGGUACCAGAUGACCUAUAGUACAACUAAAGUAUCAUCUGCUGUAUGUAGCAAGAGAAGUAAAACUAAUGUGAUUCAUGCAAAUGUUGUAUGUGUCAGUUGAGAGUUAAUGCGCGAGGACAGAUUGUUUUCCACAAAUGUUUUUGAACCGCAUCAUUUAAAGAACUUAGUUGAUCAUUUGGAAACUUUGAAGUCGGAGAACAUAUUUUCAUACCAGUCAAGGUCGAGAUAUGUCAUAAUUCCCAAUAACUUUCAGCACAUCUUCACCACUCUUCAUUUUAUCUAAGGUACGACGAAUAAAAUCCAGCAUGGAGAACACAGCACCUUAAUUCGGAAGGAUAACAUUGUCCACCUAUUUGUCGUGCAAAUUUUUUUAAUGUAAUAAAGUGUAUGCUUUCAAUACUACGUGGUUGCACAGGCAGAGUUGGGAAAGUGUGGUUUGAACUUGCUACAUAUUGGUUAUAAUUUGAGUGUUUGCGCUGAUGCAUUACAUUUCUUUAAAAGUCAUAGGUGUAAAUAGUUUUAGAAACCAAAAUUCUCAUCCGUUCAUAGUAUUCAGUUCUGUUUGCAUAUUUUUAUGUAUAUUGGCACCGGAGUCCUGUUUUCCCAAGUCUGUCAGUACAGCUUCAUUAUUCUCUUCACUUUCAGGCCUUUACAAGAAGCAAAAGCAGUGAAGCAACGUUUUGACGAUUUAUUCGCAUCUUCGCGUUACGUGAAAGCGUUGGACGCAAUUAGAAAGUGCAAGCAGGACAACGUUAGUUAGAAUAGGAUCUGUUUAUUUUUUUUCGUUUAUAGUGUUCUAGGUUUAUAUGGACUUAGAUUCCAAUGAUUGUGAUUUAUAUGAAUAACUUUAAUUAUGGUCUAUUAAUUUCACAUACAUUUUGGAAUCUUUCACUCAGAUAGGUGUCUAACAUCAAGUCAGAGGGUGCAUUAUGAUGUACGACAAUAUCGUGACACACCUAGCUUAGUAACCACUUUGCAAACUUGAUCAAUACACAUGAUUGAGCGACUACAUUGGUUGUCACUUGGUGGUGAAUUCAUAAAAUACGUUUUUUGAAAGAAAAAACUUAUUUCAAUCCACUGCUCACCAGUUACUCGUUUUGGGAUAAAUUCCUUGGAAUUAUAGUGCGAAGUUAUGAUGGGUUGAUUCCAUCAAGCUGCUUGUGAGAACGGGAGCUUAUCGAGAAUAUAGGAUAGUAUUGAUGCUAUAUCUAGAGGAAGCCUCAUUUGAAAACGUGCCCGAAUUAUAACCUACUUACUGUGAUAUAUGAAGGCCUUUAAUUUGCUUGCGCAUGUACCCAUAAGUGUGCCUUCCUGAAGAGUUUCAAAGUAGAACAAAAUGUGUGCUCAGUACCCCUUGGUAUAUACUGUUUUUUAAAACUUGUUUGUUUGUUAAUGAGUCACCCGAAUCCAGUCGAUCCUACACCCUGUGAAUAUUUAAGAAGACAGCAUUGUUGGUCACAAUGUAACACACAUUUUAGUUCUUAAAAGUAUAUUAAACCAUCGAGUUGUAUUCAUUUCGCCUUUUAACGUUUGCUGUUGAUAAUGGGUUGCACGAUAUCUGGCUGCCAGUCUAGUCGAUAUUGUCUUUGAAAGCCUUUGUAUAUUUACCGUAAACUGAGGAAAUUAUUUGUCUUCUCAUCGGAAAUAAGUAUUAAUGAGAGCAGUUGUUUUGCCCCUGAAAACAGAUCAGACACACUAAUAUUUGAAACACUAAUGAACCGCAGAGUGGAAUAAGGUUUGAAGAUGAAGAAGAAAGUGUGAAUGAUAAUAAUGCAACAACCCCGGUCACAUCCAAACAUAAAAAUUGUCUGAGUAAAGGGUUAAAGAAUAUACGAAGGUUCUAAGGAAGCUUUGAUGAUGAACUUCAAAUUGCGUAUGUUUAAAUAUUACAGGUUGCACUACUUCACAGUGUUUGAAUACAACAAAGUCUUCUGAAUAAUUAUUAACCGACAAUUGUGGAUCCUUUUUUGCUACUCACUUUACUGUUGUAAUUUUUAUUCUGUCUUAUAAAAUUCCUAUAGAUUUUUUUCUACUCAUAGGAUGGUAAUGUCAAAUUAUACAAGACUGAACUAAAACACUUGACAAAAAGUCGUGAUGAAGCUUCUAAACUUCGAUGUGAACGUGAAGAAACGCUUCAUUCAAUAGAAGAGCAAGAAAAACAUUUAGAAGAAAUGUCCGCUAAGCUGCAGCCCGUUGUUGAACAACUGAAUCGCUAUAAAAGAUGCUAUACAGAACUCACACACUUACAGGCUGAAAUUAAAUCUUGUGAAAUUGAACGUGCUCAUUUAACGGAUGCUAUCGCAAACCUAUUGAUGAAUGUACAUGAUGAAUUUAAAGGCAGUGAUGAGGAGCUAAAGUAUCUGGUUGAAGACGCUGAAACAGAGUAUACAAAGAAAAUUCUUCAGCUUAAUCAGCUUGAAGAUAUGCUUCAAAAAAAGCGUAAAGAGUUGAAUGCUUUGGAAACUGAUAGAACUAAAAGCAUAGUUGAACGAGCACAAAUUGAAAUGGAAGUUAAACGUUUAAGCGAAGCAAUAACCAGUCGAGAUAUGAUUUUAAUAUCACUUGUUUCUCAUUACAUACCUGAGGAUAGAUAUAAAGGCGUUAAACAGUUUAAUGAUGCAGAUGCCCAGUAUAUUACCGACCAUAUCGAGGGGUUAUUGCAUGAAUCUGAAAAUCAACUAGCAGAAGUCAAGCUUAUAUCAGAAAAUGAAGAAAGAAAAGUUCAAGCGGAUGUUGAUAUGGCUAGGGACGAAUUGGCUGGUGUGAAACAGAAAAUAGAAACUACAAAACGUAAUUUUAAUCAAAACAAUGAUGAACUGACCGUCGUCAAAAAACGCUUGGAAAAUGAACACACUUUAAAUAAACGUCUUGAAGAAAUCAAGGAUGAAUUUCACAAAGCUGAAAUCGCCGUCAAUGAUUUAGAUAUUGAUGAUGAGUUGGACAGUUUACAUCACUUUAUAACAGAAUCCUUCGCAGAAAAGAGAAGAAUAGAAAGCUCUAUUAGUUCCUUAGAUGACAGAAUCGCUACAUAUCAAAACAAUGUCAUUAAGUAUCGUGCAUUUGAGUCAAUGCUGAAAGAACGUGCAAAUAAACUUGAAAGCAUCCGUAAAAUAUACAGUCGUCAUUCCGAAGCAUUAGAACAGAUAUUCGCUGGCUCUGGGAUACCUGCAGUAACCACAGAAAAAUCACUUCAAGAACUCGCUGUUAUUGAUAAUCUUAGAUCAUUUCUCAACAAUAAAACGCGUUUGAGAAAUGUAUUUUCUGAACGACUCAAUGAAAUAGAACGGUCAACUAGAGAGACACGAAAACAAUUGGCUAAACUUGAACAAGAACGUUCAUCUCUUGAAGCUAGUUCAAAAUUCACAAGAAAUCAUCUUCAAGAAAAACGUGAUCAAUUAAAAGUAUUAGAAGAAAAAUUAUUGUCUGUACCUGGCGCUGAUGAACUAGAACAAACUGUGACUAAUCUUCAACAAAGACGUGCUUUAUUGGAAGAGGAAUGCGCGAAUGAACAAGGAAGUGUAUUUUUAUGGCGUAAAUUCCGUGAUCGAUUAUGUCGUAUGGAUUCCGACUGUCCAGUUUGUCAUCGAUGUUUUGAUAGUGACACUGAACGUAAUGAGUUGUUAAGUGAAAUUGACAACCGAAUUCAGUCGGUGCCUACUGAAUCACAGCGUAAGAAACAAGAACUUAAAGAUAUAGUUUCUCAUCUUGAAUCGCUAGUUGAAUUACGUCCAGUCAGUACAGAGAUUCUAAAUUUGAAAGAAAAAGAACUGCCAGCUGUAGAAUCAAAAAUGAAAUCUGGAUUGGAUAAGCUCUCCAGUAUAUGCGGUCAAAGAGACAAGACAGCUGCUGUCCUUGAAACAUGUCAAGCAGAUGAAUUCUUAGCGAAAACUAUGCAAGGUGAUUUGGCUAUAUUGGAACGCUUAGAAAAUGAAUCUUUUGAACUAACACUGAAAAUUAAUUCUUUCAGAACUGAGUUCACAGACUGUGUGACGAAUGAUUCUCAGUCGAUUGAAGUUUUACAAGAGGAGAGAAAAACAUUACGUGAAAAACUACGUACAUCUUCCGAUGUAAUUGAUCAAAAACAAAAACGUAUUGAUCAGCUGAAUCAAGCUAAGCAUCAAGCUAUCAGUGAAAUGCACAGACUAAAAGAUGAAAUGCAUAAGUUAGAGCAAGAAAAUUUGAAUAAUGUUCGACUGAGAGAUGAACUUUCACGUUUAACCAGUGACUGUGAAACUCUUAAAACUGAACUACAUGAAUUAGAAGCUAACCAACUCCCAAAUGUUCAUCGUCAUUGGGCUGAAGCAUGCACUGAACGUAAUCGCCUUAUCAAGAAACAUGAACAGACUAUAGAACAAGCCACUGUAAAAGUAAAUGAAGUUCAUGAGCGACUGAAAAAUUUAACUGAGGUGUGCGAUUCGGUCAGAAACGCAUCCAUUUCUCAACCCACAAAAAGAUUAAAGGAUAUUCAAGAAACUGUAGGAAAACUCGAAACCAAGUUAUGCUGUGUCAGAUCUGAAUUGGAUACCUGCAGUGAAAAUAUGGAAUUUCUGAAGAAACAAAUCAAUGAGCAUAAAGUGCGUCAACGAGAAUUGGCUGAUUGUAUUCAGCUUCGUCACCUCCGUUGUCAGCUUACCUCACUAACACAACGCACAGAAUCUCUUAUACAAAAUCACAAGGACUGCAAUAAUUUCCCUGGAUCUGAUCAAGAUUUGAUCAAAGAAACAAAACGUUUAUCGCUAGAGGAAGAAAACCUGCAUUCACUUAAACAAGAUGUAUCUAACCAGUUAAGUGAAUUGAAAGCAAAACUGCAUUAUCUCAAUCGUGAUUUAAAUGAAAAAUACGCCAGUGCUGACAGUGAAUACCGCGAUAUGAUGUACCUGCUUAAGACUUCAGAACUGGCGUGUACAGAUUUGGAACGCUAUUAUAAGGCUCUUGACAGAGCUAUAAUGUCGUAUCAUGCUGUCAAAAUGGCUGAUUUGAAUAAAAUUAUCCGCGAAUUAUGGAGGAGCACAUAUCGCGGCAAUGAUAUAGAUUAUAUCGAGAUAUGUAGCGAGGAAGAUACCAGCGCAGCUUCCAAUGUUAGCAGAACACGGAGAACCUACAAUUACCGUGUUGUAAUGGUAAAGACAAGUGCUUCAGUUUGCCGAUCGAAGUCAAAAGACUCUAGUGCAUACCACGGUGAAGCUCGUCUAGAUAUGCGCGGUCGGUGUUCAGCUGGGCAGAAAGUACUUGCUAGUCUAAUUAUCCGUCUAGCUUUGGCUGAGGUCUUUUGUCUACACUGUGGAGUGCUUGCACUUGACGAACCAACUACAAACCUGGACAGAGAAAAUAUCGAAAGUUUAGCCUACGCUCUAGUAGAAAUCAUAAAAAAUAGAAGACGUCAGAAGAACUUUCAGCUAAUAGUUAUCACACAUGAUGCUGAUUUCGUUGAGUUACUGGGAAGAUCAGAUUAUGUGGAAAACUUUUUCCUGUUAUCUCGUGACGCACAAGGUCUGUCUGAGAUUAAAAAGGUCCCUAUUGGAGAACAUUUUCAGUAACUUAUAAACGUAUAUGACCAUGUGUUAGUAAAGCUUUGUAAGAAAUAAAUCAGAAAUUGUG